AUGGAUUAUAGAUUUGUUUUGAAGCAACAAGAGUUAUAUAUCCAUAUAGAUAUGGAUAAGGAAAGAAUAGAAGGAAAUACGGUUAUGAACAUUUCUCUUUAUAUGCCCAUUUAUUAUUUAUACGAUGAAGAAGAUUUUAUUAAGAAUAACUAUAAUAUAAAUAAGCUUAAAAUACGAAAAGAAGAAAAAGAUAAGAAGAAACAGAUGAAAGAAAUUUUUUUACAACAAGAUGUGUGUUACAAAAAAUUUUGUGAAAUGAAAAAAGAAAAGAAAUUAUUUGUAAUUCUUCAAAUUCCACAUAAUAUUAAUUCAAGUUCGUAUUACGAUAUAGAAUUAAAUAAUAAGGUACAUGAUAAAUAUUACAUAAUAUAUAAUAGUUCACAUAGUGCUUCUUCGUAUGAUAAAAUAAAUAAGAAAACUGAAGAUAAUAAUAUAAAUGAAGCAAAGCAUAUGAAUGUUUAUAACAAUAAUGAAAAUUAUAUGGUAAAAAAAAAUACAAAAAAUGUUUCUUGUAAUAAAGAAGAAGAUGAAUUAAUUUUACCUAAUAAUUUAAAAGAAAAGGAUGAUAAAAAUACAACAAGUUAUGAAAAUGAUGAUAAAAAUACAACAAGUUAUGAAAAUGAUGACAAAAAUACAACAAAUUAUGAAAAUGAUGAUAAUAUUAUAUAUAAUAAUAUGCCAUAUGAUGAGUAUAGAGAAGAAUGUAUGUCCGUAGAAAGAAGGGAUUUUGAAUUACAAGAUACUUUGAAUAUUGCUGAUUAUGUUUCUUUAAAUAAAUAUGUGGAUGAAAAUUAUAUGAAAGAAAAUAAUUAUAUGUUUAUAAAUAUAGAUCAAGAAAUAUUGGAUAAGGAAAAAGAUAAGAAUUAUAAAAAUUUUCUUCAUUUUUGUAAUAAUGAUAGAUAUGUAAUUACAAAUACAAAUGAAUAUAAUAUAAAAAUAAAUUUUAUUAUAGGUUUGAAAUUUUCCUUUUAUAAUUUAAAUUCAUAUUAUAAUAAAACAUAUUUUAAUAAAAAAAAUGAACAUAAUUUACUUAUUACUUUACAAAAUUAUUCAAAAGAAAAUACAUGGUUUCCAACACUCUCAAAAUUCGAUAGUAUAUAUUCAAAAUGUUCAUGGCUAACCAUGUUUAAAAUUCAUAAACCUUAUUUUAUUAUUUCAUCCAAUACUUUAAUAGGUAUAUACGAAGAAAAAUAUGAACAUGAAUAUGUAAAUAAAGAUGAAAGGUACGGUGAAACAAUUAAUAAAAAAGAACUCGAAAGGAAUUGCUUUGUUUAUAAAACAACAAAUAAAUAUGCAAAAUUAUUCCCUCAUCAAAUUUGCGUUUUUGCAGGAACAUUCGAUUUUCUACACUUAAAUAAUUUAAAUUUUAAAGGAUUCGAAAAAAUUAAUUAUGAUUUUUUGUACAAAUAUGAAAAUAUGUACAAAAAUAACAAAAUGUAUAAUUCCAUUGAACAAUAUAAUAAAUAUAAAUAUAAAAAUUUUAAUUAUAAAAAUAAAUAUAAUUUAUUCAAAGGAGAAAAAAAAAAAAACCAAAAUGGCUAUUUUGUUAGAAAUGACCUGAACGGUUCAGGCAAAAGAAAACGUACAAAUUCGCAACAUUUGUAUUAUGAAGAUUCGGAUAGUUUGAAUGAGGACGAUAAUAUGGGUAGUCGAAUGAAUGUCGCUCUAAAGAAUGAUAUUAAUAAUAAUGAAAAUAAUGAUAAUAAUAAUAAUGAAAAUAAUGAUAAUAAUAAUAAUGAAAAUAAUGAUAAUAAUAAUAAUGAAAAUAAUGAUAAUAAUAAUGAAAAUAAUGAUGAUAAUAAUUACAAUAAUUACAAUAAUAAUGAACCUUUUGAAGACAAUUUGUCAAAUGAUGAAAAAUAUAGUCAAGUAAAAAAAAGGAAAACAGAUAUGAGCUCCUUCUCUUUAAUAACCAAGAAGAGUUAUGACAACCAAAAUGAAGGAAUGUGUAAUUAUAUAAAAAGGAAUGAUUAUAAAAAGAAAAUAGAAUCUUUUAUAAAUAUGGAAAGACAAAAAUGCAAUAAUAUAAAAUAUAAGAAUUUGUUUGAACAUAAUAAAAAAGAAGUCGAUGCUGAUGAUGAAAUAACAUAUCAUUAUCAAAAGAUAAAUGAUAAGCGUGUUCCUAACAUCUAUAUAUUUUCUGUAAAGGAUUAUAAAAAUGAAUUAAUAUAUACAAAUCUUCAUAUUGGAUAUAUUUUAAGGAAUUUUUUAGAUAUUAGUAAGGAAGAUUUUCCUUAUGAUAAUUUAAUAAUAUUAUAUCUUCCUAUUGAAUUUUGUGAAUUACCAAGUUUUUUUUAUAAUUCAGAAAAUAUAGAAAGUUCUUUUAGCUGUCAUAUAUAUGAUGAUAUAAAGAAUGGAUAUAAUUUAUUUUCAAAUAGUAAUAUAUUAAAUUAUAAAAUUAUUGAACCAUAUAUAUAUAUGAAAAAUAAUAAGUUCUUUAUAUUUGGAAAUGUACUUAUUUUCCCUACAAGCAUAUUACAUAAUAUAUAUGAUGUUUUAUUUAAUAUGAAUAUUUUUAGUUAUAAAAUAAUAAUAGCAGAAGGGUUAUUAUCUUUAUGUCUUCAAAACUAUACAGAUACUAUGAAAAAUGAAAAUAUUUAUUUCUUGUAUAUGCUUAAAAGUUUUAUGUUACAAAAAUUUAUUGAAACCAUGUUUGGAAAUGUGGAAAUAAAUGUUAUCUUUUAUGAAUUACGUGAACGUUAUUGUUCGCUAGUUGAACUUUUAGGAGAUAUUAAUUUAUUUCAUUCUUAUGAAGAAAAUAAAAAUAAUAUAUCACAAGAAUUUCCUAGUCAUUAUAUAUUUAAUAAUUUAUUCUAUCUGAAAUGCUUUUUAUGUGUACGCAUCUUUUUCAACAUACUUAAAAAUUUCCCUUUUUGUAAUACUAUUCAUCAAUAUUGUUUUUUUCUUUUCUUUAAUUAUUUUAAAAGCAAGGGAAAGGUUAUACAAUCAACAAAGUUUUGGAAAAAGGUUUUUAAUGAAUGCACGAGGAGGUACAUAGAAAACUACAAACAGCUACCCAAAAAUAAAUUUAAAAUAAAAAGUCCUGAUUUUAAUAUAAGCAGCAAUGAUUUAAAAAGUGAAGAACAUGAACAGUAUCAAUUAUUUGAGAAAUAUUAUGUAGACUUUUUCAAAACAUAUAUUAAAGGAUAUGGUAUAUGUCAAUAUAUUCUUACUUUUAAUAUACAUUUACAAAGAAAGGGAACUUCAAUGGAUAAUUUUAAUUUUUUAUUUAGUCAGAACACAAUUAAUCCAUUUGAAUUUGUUGAUAGAAAUUAUCAUUCGAAUUAUUUCCUUGCUGAUCUUUCAUCCAUGAUAAUAUACGAUUUGUUAGAACUACAUUCUUAUCUUUCUAUAAAAAAUGGUACUGAAGAUAUAAUUAAAAAAAAGAACUUAUUAUGUGAGCAUAUGGAUAAAAUAUAUUUUGAUAAAUUAUUAGAUGUUCCAUGUUCUGAUAUAUUUUAUAAUAUGGAAGAAACAUAUUUGUUAUUUUUAAAAAAGAAUUUCUAUCAAAUUGAUCAUUUUUAUGAUGCAUAUGACAGAGAAAACAUAAACAGCAAGUAUGUGAAAGUUAUAAAUAAAUAUAUAAUUAAAAGAAAUAAAAAUUUUGUUUUAAUAAAAAAAAGAAUAAUGAACUUAAUGAAGAGGGACAAUAUCCAUAUACGUGGAUACCUCAGAGAUGAUGUAUUAAGAAAUAAAAAAUGUCAUAAAAAAAAAAAGGACCAUAGGGUUAAUUCUUUAUCAGUCAAAUUAAUAAACAAUAAGCCUAUGAAAGAGGAAAGAGAAAAACAUGCUGAAUCUAUAGGGCUCCUAGAUUAUGAUAAAGAAUUAAAAGGAGAGGUACCGGAGGAACAUAAUGAUGAUAAUAAUGAUGAUGAUAAUAAUGAUGAUGAUAAUAAUAAUGAUGAUAAUAAUAAUGAUGAUAAUAAUAAUGAUGAUAAUAAUAAUGAUGAUAAUAAUAAUGAUGAUAAUAAUAAUGAUGAUAAUAAUAAUGAUGAUAAUAAUAAUGAUGAUAAUAAUAAUGAUAAUAAUAAUAAUGAUGAUAAUAAUAAUGAUAAUAAUAAUUAUGAUAAUAAUAAUAGUUCUUGUAAGAAUCAUAUAAAUAAUAACAGUUAUUAUCAUGAAAAUGCUCCUUUCCCUUUUUAUUAUAAAAAAAUCGAUCAAGACCAUGAGGACGUGUUAAUACAAGAAGAAGAUCAAAGGAAUGAGAAAUUUACUACUGAAAUAAAAAAAAAGAAGGAGAAAAAAAAUAAACGAAAAAGAAUUAUAUAUAUGCUUAGUAUACUACGUAUGAAUAAAUUACUAAACAUGUUUAAAAUAAUAAUAAAAGGAAAGAAAGAAAAAAAGAUUCAAAAUUAUAUGUACAAAAAAUUGAAAAGAUGUAUGUCAGAAGAUAUUCAAAAAGAGGUAUUAAAAAGAAUGCAAAAAAAGAUGAAAAGAAUGUUAACAAAAGAAAUAGAAAAAAAUAGAAGAAAAGAAGAUAUCGAUGGAACUUAUAAAAGAAAAAAAAAUGUAUCAUCAUUUUAUUCAAUUAAUAUAAGAAAUGAAAAAUGGAGAAAACGAAUGAAAAGUAAUAAAGGAUAUAUUUUAAAAAAGAAGCAAGAAUUAAUUAAUUUGCCUUAUUCUAAUUUUGAUAGUCUAGAUUUAAUAGGUAGAGAUGGAAAUUUUUAUUUAGGAUUUGGUUAUGUAGGUUCAGAUAGUUUAUUGUUAAGUACGGGGAAAGGAAAUUUAUAUAAAAAUAUUAUAGCAUAUCAAAAAUAUAAAAAUUAUAAUUUACAGAAAUUAAGUGAAAUAUGUAUAGAUAAACAUAAUAUUUGUGAAUACAACACUUCUCCAUUUUAUACUAGUUGUAUAUAUCCUCAAUGGAAAACAAUAUUUCGUUUAUAUUAUUAUUUAUUAUUAUUGAAAAAAAUUGAGAAGAAGAAAAAAAAAUGCUUGACGUUUUCAAAUGAGAUAAAUCUAAAAAGGCAUGACGUGCACAUCCUUGACUUGGAUGAUCAUACGUAUAAUUUGGAAAAGAAAAAAAAAAAAAAAAAUAAGGACAAGAAAAAAAAAAAAAAAAAAAGAAAAAAUGAAAAGGAAGAUCUAAAUGAUGAGAUGGGAAAUAAUGAGAAUGAUGACAUGGGAAAUGAUAACUAUGAUGAGAUGGGAAAUGAUAACUAUGAUGAGAUGGGAAAUGAUAACUAUGAUCAGAUGGGAAAUUAUAAUUAUGAUCAGAUGGGAAAUUAUAAUUAUGAUCAGAUGGGAAAUUAUAAUUAUGAUGAUAUUCGAAAUAAUAACUAUGAUGAUAUUCGAAAUAAUAACUAUGAUGAUAUUCGAAAUAAUAACUAUGAUCAGAUGGAAAAUGAUAACUAUGAUGAUAUUCGAAAUAAUGAGAAUGAUAGAACUCAAAAAACAAGUGAAGAUAUGCCUUCCUUAUAUCAACCUAAUAAUGAAGAUUACAAUAAAUAUGAUGAUAUAUGUGAUGAUAAUGUUUCCAAUAUAUAUCAUAAAGAAUAUAAAAUUUUAGAAUAUUUUAAUAAAAAAGAAAAGAUGCAUCAUACUGAUGAUAAUAAUUUGUCAAAUGAAAUGAAGAGUUUGGAAGGUUUGGAUUUUUAUGAAAAAACAAAUGAAUAUUAUAAUAAGGAUGAAACUAAAUAUAUUUAUGAUUUAUAUAAAAAUCCAUAUGAUAGUUAUGAAGAUGAUUCUUAUGAUGAUGAGAAAAGGAAAGAUAGAAAGGUAAAAGAUAAGAAAAGGAAAAAAAAAAAAAAAAAAGCAAAGAAGAAGAAGAAAAAGAAAAAAAAAAAAAAAAAACAGAAAGAAAAAUUAAGAAAUUUACAAUCUAUAUUAAAAAGUAAAGAAUAUAUUGAAAAUUAUUUAAAUCCAUGUGUAUUAAAUAAUAUACCCAUAUCAGUAGAUGAACAUAAAUUUUUUUUAUGUUAUUUAAAAAUAGAAAUUAUUGAAGAUGAUGGGAUAAGAAUUGUAAAAAAAAAUUUGGUUAAUAAUAUUACACCAACACGAUUUAGUGUUAAUGCUAGGCCCGAAAAAGGUAGAAAAAAGGUAGCUUUUAAACAUGAAAGCGUUUUUAUGAAUAGUAAUGAAGAUAUAUUAAAUAGAAAUUCUUUAAAUAGAUCGGACAAUUUUAUAAAUAAAACAGUCAAAUUUGUAGGGUAUACAAAUGAUAGUGAUAAAUAUAUGAUUGAAUAUUGUAAACAGAAAAUAUUGAAAAAAGAUAAAUCUUUAUUAUGUUUAGAUAAUAGAAAAUUGGUAGCAAAAAUAUGUAGUAAAAAUAAAAUACCUAUAUUAUGGAUUAGAAUAGAUAAUGAUUUUGUUUUAUUAGGUAGGAUAAGAAGAUCACAAAGUAUAAGUAUGUGGAUUCAACAAUUAUAUAAUGAUAAUAAUGUAUUAUCCCAAUUAGAAUCUUCAUUUGCUUUAGCAUUUAUUCCUUUUUUUUUUCUAAAUAAAAAUGUUUUUUCUAAUUAUAAUGAAUUCAAAGGUAACUACUAUAAUAAUGUAUUUGCUCAGCAUGAUGAUAUAAGUAAUCAUAAUAUAAAUUAUAAUGAUGAUAAUAAUAAUGAUAAUAAUGAUAAUAAUGAUUAUGAUGAUUAUGUUGAUAUGAAUAAUAAUAAUAAUAAUAAUAAUAAUAAUAUUAAUAAUAAUAAUAUCAAUGUUGAUAUAAAUCAUGAUCAUAUGAAUCAUCAUACAUAUGAAAGUAAAGAUAACAUUGCUGAAUCUUCUUUAAAUUUUAUUAAUGAAGUAUUAAAUAAAAAAAAAAACAAAAAAAGUAAUAUUCAUCUUACAACAAAUAUAAAUACCAAGCGAGGUUCCUUAAAUAUGAAACUUAAUAAUAAUGUGAAUAAUACUAUGAUAAUACAAAAUGAUAUGUUAACAAAGCAUGCUAAUAAAAAAAACAAAAUGUUAAAUAAUAUCUUAGAUGCAGAUUUUAUGGAUACCACUAAUAUGCAUAUGGAAAAUAUUACAAUAAAUAAUGAUGAUAAUACAACCAACAGUAUACUUUUUAAUAAUAAUAAUAAUAAUGGGGAGGGUAAUAAUAACAAUGGGGAUGGUAAUAAUAAUAAUGAUGAUGAUAAUCAUAAUAAUAAUAAAAAGAAUAAUAGCCUUAAUGGCGACAAUGAAAAAAAUAUACAUUAUUUAAAUUUUAAAGGUGGACAUAGAAACAGUCGUCAUAUUAUUAAUUAUUAUCAUAAUAAAAAAGAUGUAUUAUUAAAUAAUGUACUAGAUGAAGAUGAAAAUGAUUUAUUAAAAAUGGAUAAAGGAUCAACACAAAAUAGUAGUCUUAGUAACAUGUCUGAUAAUUAUGAUUAUAAUUAUUGUUCAUCAACAAUUAUUGAUUUUAAUGAUGAGUUAAAUAAUUCUCUUUUAAAUUAUUCACCUCCUAGUUAUAAAAGAAAUAAUUAUUCCUAUAAAGAUAAAUGUCAAAAUAAUAUAUCUAUUAAUAAUAUACUAAUAAAUGUAGAAGUUAUUAAAUGUUUAUAUAAAUCUAUUAUAAAUGAUUCUCUUCAUUAUAUAGUAAAAAUUAGAUGUAUUUAUUCUUUAUGUUUUAUUCAUAAUAAAUAUAUUUAUACUCAAAAAAUUAUUCAAAACCUAUUUUUAGAAUAUAUUAAUUCUUAUUAUGAUAAUAAUCUCAACCAAAAAAAAUGCUUACAUGCAUUUUAUAUUGCCCUAUCACUUUUAAGAAAUAAAAAAAACCGCACUCCAAAAAUUGUCAUCUCUCUCUUAUUACAAAAAUGUUCAAACUUUAUCCUUUCCUUAAAUAUAAAUGAUCUACAUAGUUCCAAUGAUAAUAUCAAAAAUACUUAUCCAGUAAAUCAAUUCAAAAAAAACCUUUUUUCUUAUACCACCAAGCAUGAACAUGAUCGAUUAUUAAAAGAAAAAUGCAACAUGCCUUCGAAGGAUGCACAUCCUGAUUUAUACCCACCUUCCACAUGUAUAAAAAUAAAUAAAACAGGAAAUAAUAAGGAUGAAAAUAAUUCAGGUAUGGGCAAAAAAGAAAAAAAUAAUACAUUAGAUGAGGAAUAUGAACCAACAUGUGACAUCAAAAGUAAUGAUGAUAUAAUAAAAAAUAUAAUAAGAAUAACAGGAAAGGAUUUAAAAAAAAAAAACGCGUAUGAUGAUAAUAAAGAGGAGUACACAAAUAAUCAUACUUUUUAUAGUAAUUAUAAUAAUAUUAAUAGUGUGAAUACAGGAAAACAAAAUACUGUACCUUAUGAUAAUAUGGAAUAUUUAUAUGACAAAAAAGAAAUUAUAAAAAAAGAAGAAAAUGAAGAUAUAAAAAUGAUUCUUGAAUGCUUAGGAAAUAUAAAAAUUAAAUAUGAAUAUACUUUACAUUUAUUUAAUAUUGAAUAUAUGUUACAUAAUUAUAACGGUAUGGAUAAUAAAGAACCUAUUUUUCAUAAAUAUGUUUCCUUUAUAAAAAGAAAGAAUCAUAUAUAUAAUAUUGAUAUGAAAUAUAUAAAAAGAAAAAAAAAAAACAAAAGAAAAAAAAAAAAAUAUAUAUAUGAUGCAUACGAUUUUUAUGAUAUACAUAUAUAUGAUAAUAAUAAAAAAUUAGAAAAUCAUUUUCUAAAAUUAAAAAGAAGUAAAACAGAAUAUAUUCAAGAAUUAAUACAUUUAUUAUUUGUAAUAUUUCAAUUAAAAAAAUUAGCAUUAAAUAAAUCUACCAUAUCAAAUAGUAUCAUAAUUAUACUUAUUAGAGCUAUAUGUAGAAAUACGAAUUUAUUAUAUUUAUUUAAAAAUAAAUUAUUUUAUGAAAAUAAAUAUUUCUUCGAUAUAUGUGAAUAUAUUUUAUAUAAUCCAUAUAUUAUAGAAACAAGUUAUAUUCAUAUAUUAAGAAACCAAAUUAAUAACAAUAUUAUAUAUUUUACACAAAUUUUAAGGACAACUAUAUAUUUAAUAUUAAAAGGAGAUAUAAGAGUAUUUCAAAUAUUUUAUAUAUCCAAAAAUAAAAAAAAUGUAAAUGAAUACAAAACGGAUAUAUUGAAAAAAGGUGAAAAAAAAGAAUCAUAUAAAAUUCGUAUAAAUUUUAAAAAUGUAGAUAAAUAUAGUAUCUCUAAUAAUAGGAAUAUGACAACUUUGUCUAUCUCAUCAGAUAAACAUGAUAAAUAUAAAAUACAAGAACAUGAUAAUGAUGAUGAUAAUGAUGAUGAUAAUGAUGAUGAUGUUUUAUUAAAGGACAAGGAAAAUUAUAUGAUAAAAAAUAACAACUUUUAUCAUAAUCAUAUUAAUAAAUUAACAGAAUAUAUAAAAAAUAAUGAUGAAGAUCCAUUUUCUUUAAACAAUAAAGAGAAUUUCUUUUUAUGUUCUACAUAUACUAAUUAUAUUGAAAAAAAAGUUAUUUGUAGUCAUCUUUUAAAUAUAUUUGCUGCUUUCCAAAUGUGUUUUGAAAUUAUUAGAAAAUAUAAAAAUGCAGAAUUAGAAAUGCUCAUAUGGAAUAAUAUAUAUAACCUACUUUUAAUAUUUCAACAGAAAUGUCCUUUUUUUUUCUUACCCUUUUCAAAAAAUUAUAAUAAAUAUUUUAAGCAUUAUCAAAAAAAAAAAUAUAGCAUAUUUGAAUUUUAUUAUUUAUUAUACGGAUUGAAUAAAAUUAAUGAGUAUGAAAAAUAUAAUUUAUCAAAAAAAUAUAUAUAUGAAUAUGAUCAUAUAAAUAAUGAAAUCUUUUUAAAUAACAAGGAAAUUUUUAAUCAUCCAGAUAUUAAAAAUAUUAUGAACAGAAAAAAUUAUUCUCAUUCUUUAUCAUAUAGUAAUAAAUCUUAUAUAAUUUAUAAAUAUAAUAUAAUUGGUUAUAUUAAAUUAAUACAUAUAUUAAAAUCUGUUCGAAGCUCUAAGAAAUUAAAAAAAAAAUAUUUUGUCCAAAUAACUUAUAUUAAUUAUAUAGUCAAAUAUAUACAUACAUUUCUAAAAAAUCUAAUAAUUAAUAUAUCCAAUACAAAUAUCAACUAUUAUAAAAAUGCAAUCUUAUAUGACGUAAAAAAUAUAUUCCUCUUCUUUUAUGGGUAUGGUAUACCUCCAUGUCAUAUAAAACGAAACCCCCCAAUUUACAAGCCUCACUAUAACCAGCUAAAUAAUAUGACAAACAAGGGUGUGCAAUUAAAUGAUCUAGUUCGAUUUUUGAGAACUUAUUAUGAUAACAACAAAUUAUUGGAAUGGAAAACAGUCGCAUCCGAGUUUGUUAACGUUUUGAAAAAUAUGAAGGAACUUGAAUUGUUCGUUGACAGCCCAACAAUAUCUUUACACAAUUUUAAAUUUGAAAAAGAGAAUAUAUGGUUAACCCUUAUAAGUGCUAAAUUAAGAAAUGAUAUUUAUAAAUUACCCAUGGAUUUAAAAAGAGAUAUUGUUCUUUUAUUAAAAAAUAUUCGCUCAAUGGAUUUAUGUUUAAAUACAAAUAAUUAUGAAAAUGUUAAUAAUAUUUUUACUGUAUGUUGGAUUAUAAUUGUAAGAAUAUUUCAGAAUUACGAAAAGAAUAAGAAUAUAUAA